AACAGAUAGAAUUCAAAUGGUAGUCUCACUUUACAUCUGCGAUAUACCCCAGGACAUCGAGAGAGAUGAACUAGAAAAUAUCUUCAAUGAUUUCGGAGGCUUUAAAGAACUCCGAAUUGCCAGAGAUAAAACAAAACAGAAAAUUGCUUUUGCAGACUACAAAACGGAAGAGGAUGCCAGGACAGCAAAAGAAUACCUUAGUGGCUAUGUCUUUCCAAAUAGUAACAAAGGUAUGAGCAUCAGGAUCUCUGAAAACUCUAAGAGGAAAGGAGGCCCGACCACUAGCAGCCAAGGCCAGUACCAGAGAGGUGAAAAUGUGAAGAAAGAAAGUGAAACUUUUGAGUCUGUUCAGACCAGUAAACCUAAGAAGAAGAAAUCUAAACCUAUUGAAGAGAAUUUUGAUGAGAGAAGAGACAAGGACGCUUAUUUUCAGGACAGGAAUCAUAGAGAUAGAAGAGAUCUUAGAGACAAAAGGGACAGCAGAGAUGUCAGAGAUCAAAGAGACACUAGGGAUUCAAGGGAUCAUAGAGAAUAUGUAGACCAAAGAGAUCUUAGAGACCAAAGAGAUUUCAGAGACCAAAGAGAUUUUAGAGACCAAAGAGAUCAGAGAGACUACAGAGAUCAAAGAGAGUACAAAGAGCAGAAAGAAUUUAGAGAUCAGAGAGAACAAAGAAGUCAAAUGGACUUUAGAGACAGAAGAGAUAUGAGAGACUAUCAGGAUGAUCUUAGUGAUACAAGGGUUAAACAAGAUCCUUACGUUGGUUAUUCUCAUAAUCAAGGAAGAAUAUCAAAGUUUAAUGACAACCAUUUAAGAAUUAUGGGCCAUUCUCAUCAGGAAAUUGGAAGUAAUUCUCUUCCGCAACAGCCAUUUAUUCAUGAUCCUUUAGUCAAUAAUAGAGGCAAUAGUAAAAUGAAGAAUAUAUCUAUGAGUCAUGCUCAAGACCCACAGUCUUAUGAGCACUUAAAUAAUAGUCUAGAUAUUCCCCAGUCUUAUAACAGAGAUAGUUAUCUUAUUAAUGAUGUCAUGCAUAACUCUUCCAUGUCUGAUUUGACACCUAUACCUUGAUCUUCAAAGGGAGUAAAUAUUUCUCAUCUAGAUCAGUAUGUGCUACCUCAAAGCGCUCAGAAUCAACUUGAUUCAUCUUCAAUGAAUACUAACCCUAACUAUAUGUCUUCUGUUGGAGGAGGUGGUCAGUCUAUUCCAAUGAAAAAUACUAUGGUGGCUCAAAAUUCUAGUAUUCUGGAAAGAGUCCCUGCUCAAUACUCCUCAAUGGCUCAGUCUUCAGUCUCCCCUGGCUGGAAUAGACCCAACCCAGCUGCUUAUAACGUCCAGUCUAGCAAGAGUAAUUUUGAUGCUCUUGUUGAGAUGUGUGAACAAUUUCAUAAUAUUUUGCCUAUCCCGAAGAACGCUACCAAUACAGUCUAUAUUGAAGGGAUUCCUUUAGGAACCAAAGAACGAGAAGUAGCUCAUAUUUUCCGUCCAUUCCCUGGCUUUAGAUCAAUUAGACUUAUUAAUCGUGACAAAAAGAAUGGAGAUAAGGUGAUUUACUGUUUUGCGGAUUUUGAAAAUACUCUUCAAACAACAAUGGUCAUCAACACUCUUCAGGGCUAUCGGUUUGACAAAAAUGACGACUCAGGGUUGCACUUUUCAUACUCCAAGGUGAACAACAAGUUACAUAAGGACCAUCAUCAUAGGUCCAAGAUCGACAGAGUGCAUUAAUUCUCCAAA